UUCCCUCCUGAAACUGGGUCCCUUAGAUUUUCUUAAAAACUCAUUAUUGAAACUUAACGAAACAGCAACCUCCGCUAUUAAAAAUCCACUUCCUCUAUAAUCUCUAUACUCGUGAGAGAGAUUACUAAAGAGAGACAUGGAGCCUACUAGCUGCUUAAUCGACGACGACGCUGAGUUCCGGCUUCCCCCGGAGUUUCUCACUGACGAUGACUUUCUCCUGGAAAAGGAAAACAAGCUUUUCAAGGGUGAUGAGUCCAACUUGUUCCCAUACGAGCUGAGUCAUGGAUACGGGCUGGACUCCGGUUUAGAUAGAACCGAUUACUUGACCGGGUUUACCAGAAAAACGGUUCGGUCAACCCAGGAAGAUGAUUUUUCCUGUGGAUUUUCCGGUAGCAACGCUAACGACACCAAGGUGUGGGGUGCGACUCGUUUGCCACAAUCGACUCCGUGUGGGGCCGGAAUCGGUUAUCAGAGCUGUCAGACGAGAGCUUCUUCUCAGGCGGCGGCACGGGAUAUGUACUGCGCAGCAGUGGAGGAACUGGCGAUGAUUAAUAUCAACGGUUACAACAACCUUAGUGGCAGAGGAGUUCUCGAUCUUCCAAGAAAACAACCACUCGCCGCAGCUAAAAUCCCUAAGGACGGAUCAGGCUACUACAGUCGCCAAUCUCUCCAAUACCAGAAGCUACAAGCUAUCCAAUUUCAGCAGCUAAAACAGCAACAGCUGAUGCAGCAGCAGCAGCAGCGCAGAGGAUUAAAGGCUAAUAACAACAAAACUGCUGGUCAUGUGGAUUUGUCUCCAUCUGCAUGGCCUAAUCAGCCACAGAGGCGUGAUGGUUCGGCCAUGCGCGCUGUUUUCCUCGGAGACCGAACCGGGAAACCUAGAUCAACCGGGACUGGCGUCUUCUUGCCCCGUCGUGUUAACCAUACUGACGCCGAAUCUCGCGAGAAGCCAACUCUUGCGACGGUUUUGGUUCCGGCUAGAGUGGCGGAGGUUCUUAACCUAGACGAAUCUCUGGUCCAGCAGCCAGUGAUCCGGUCUUCGGCUAGUCUCUAUGAGUCAUCGUGGAGACAGAAGAGCAACAAUGGUGGAUUCUCGAGCCAGAUGAAGAUGGGACAGGGAGUGAAUGAGCCUAGGUUACCUUCGGACUGGGCUUACUGACCGACUUGGGUUCACGUGAAACUUUUGGGUCUGUUUAGGAAAGGUUUGAAGAAAGUAAAAGGAGGAAUAAGAUUUAAGAUUUGAUGACAUAGGGUAGUGAAAUAGUAGAAAGAUAGUUGAAGAUUUAACCGACGAAUAAAAAUAAAGGGAGGGAGAAAGAUGAAGAAGAUCUUGUGGACAGAGACGAGGUUUUGGAUCGUUUUAGCCACCAUUCUUAACUAAUCGAGCAAGAAAAGAAAAGAAAAGACCGAGACUUCUUUGUUUCCCUUUGGCUUUUUGUUGUUUGUUUUUCGGUUGUUCCUGGACAUUUAGCAUCCCACUUUCUCUCUCUAUCGUUUGCUCCCACAACUCUUUAAGCAAUGGAGAGGUAUUAAUUAGUAAAAUAAUUUUGUUUGCCAA